AUGAAGUGCGUUUUUGUUACUGUUGGGACCACCAGCUUUGACGACCUCAUUGCGUGUGUAUCGGCGCACGACAGUCUGCAAAUAAUCCAGAGCCUCGGUUACAACCGACUUGUCCUACAAAUAGGUAGAGGAAAGGUGGUACCUGAACCAUUCAGUACUGAGUCAUUCACUUUGGAUGUUUACAGGUACAAGGAUUCACUGAAGGAAGACCUUCAGAAAGCAGAUCUUGUUAUUAGUCACGCAGGUGCAGGAAGCUGUUUGGAGACUUUGGAGAAAAGAAAGCCACUUAUAGUGGUUAUAAAUGAAAAGUUGAUGAACAAUCAUCAACUGGAAUUGGCAAAGCAGCUACACAAAGACGGGCAUCUCUUCUACUGUACCUGCAGCAUGCUUCCUGGGCUGUUACAGUCAAUGGACUUAUCAACACUGAAAUGUUUUCCUCCUGGCCAGCCAGAAAAAUUUUCUGCAUUUUUGGAUAAAGUUUUGUUUUGCAGCCAGGUCCAUCACUUGGAAAUCAGGAAGGCUUGUGUCUCAUAUAUGAGAGAAAAUCAACAAACUUUUGAAUCUUAUGUGGAGGGAUCUUUUGAGAAAUACCUGGAACGGUUGGGAGAUCCCAAGGAAAGUGCUGGCCAGCUGGAAAUAAGAGCUCUUUCUCUAAUUUAUAAUCGGGAUUUCAUUCUUUAUCGCUAUCCUGGAAAGCCUCCAACUUAUGUCACAGAUAAUGGCUAUGAAGACAAGAUUCUACUCUGCUAUUCAAGUAAUGGUCAUUAUGAUUCAGUGUACUCAAAGCAAUUUCAGUCAAGUGCAGCUGUUUGUCAAGCUGUAUUGUAUGAAAUUCUCUAUAAAGAUGUGUUUGUUGUGGAUGAAGAAGAGUUGAAGACUGCAGUUGAGUUGUUUCGAAGUGGUUCCAAGAAGAAUAGGAACAAUGCUGUGACUGGCAAUGAGGAUGCCCAUAUUGACUACAAGAGUUCAACUCAAGAUAGGAUUGAAGAGUGGGGUGCCUGCUGCAAUGUUGAAAAUAUACCAGAGGGGUACAAUCAAGGAACAGAAGAAACAAAGUCUCCAGAAAAUCCAUCAAAGAUGCUCUUCCCCUAUAAGGUGCUCAAAGCCCUGGAUCCAGAAAUCUAUCGUAAUGUAGAAUUUGAUGUUUGGUUGGACAGCAGAAAAGAACUUCAAAAAUCUGAUUAUAUGGAGUAUGCUGGGAGACAGUACUAUUUGGGAGACAAAUGUCAGGUUCGCUUGGAAUCAGGUGGAAGAUAUUAUAAUGCUCAUAUUCAGGAAGUUGGAAAUGAAAACAGUUCAGUAACAGUAUUCAUUGAAGAGCUGGCAGAAAAGCAUGUUGUUCCACUAGCUGACUUAAAACCAGUUACCCAAGUGACACCUGUUCCUGCCUGGAAUGCUAUGCCCAGUAGGAAAGGAAGAAGUUACCAGAAAAUUUCUGGGGGCUACAUCCCAGAAAUAGAGAUGGACAUGAAGCAACGGAAGAAGAUGUUCAAGAAAGUUAGAGGGAAAGAGGUUUAUAUGACUAUGGCUUACAGCAGGGCAGAACCCCUUCUCCCACCCAGGCUUCAGCACAGUAUGCAUUAUGGGCAUGACUCUCCAAUGCACUACUCACAGACAGCUGGCAGUGUUAUGUCUAAUGAACAUUUUCAUCCUCAACAUUCAUCUCAGAGACAAGGUCGGGGAUAUGGGAUGCCCAGGGAUUCAUCUCGUUUUAUAAACAGGCACAACAUGGCAGGCCCUAAAGUUGGUUUUUACCCUGGUCCAGGUAAAAGGUGCUGCCAGAGCUAUGAUAACUUCUCCUAUAGAUCUCGUUCCUUUAGACGUAGUCACCGCCAGAUGCAUUGUAUGAAUAAGGAGUGCCAAUUUAGCUUUGCUCCAGAGAAUGGACAGAUGCCCAGGGGCUUGGAAGAAACCAUUACUUUUUAUGAAGUUGAAGAAGGGGAUGAGACUGCAUAUCCAGCUUUACCUAAUCAUGGAGGGCCCUCUACAAUGGUUCCUGCUUCUUCGAGAUACUGUGUUGCAAGGCAAGGACAUAGCUCAGGCAAACAGCCUUUGAAUUCAGAGGAGGGUGAUGGCCAGAGAGACGGUGGGGGAUAUCAUGAAGAAUAUAUUUAUCCUUCAGAACCAGACUAUGACACUUCAGGUGUUUAUAGCACAGCUGAAUCUACUGCAAACUUGUCUCUUCAGGCUAGAAGACCAUGUUCUGUGCCUCCUCAGGACACAGUUACCUCAUACAACUACCCCCAGAAGGUGAUGGUAAAUUCUGCAGCAAUUGCAGCUUCCUGUGCCAAUAAUGUUCCAGCUCCAGUCUUACCUAACUGUGCAGCCGCUAAUCAAGCUAGUAGUACCACUUCAGUUUCCUCACAGAAUGCUAUACAGCCUCUAUUUGUAUCUCCAUCUACACAAGGCAGGCCAGUGUUUGCUUCACCAUCCUAUCCAUACCUCUCUGCUCCUAUUCCUGCUGCUGCUGGCCCUCUACCACCUCCACCUCCUCCACUACCACCACCACCCCCUCCUCCUCCUCUUGAGGUAGGAAAGGCUUCAAACUUAGCACCACCACUUCCACCUUAUUCCUGUGAUCCAAGUGGCAGUGAUCUGCCUCAAGAUACAAAAGUUUUGCAGUACUAUUUCAAUCUGGGAUUACAGUGCUAUCACCACAGCUACUGGCACUCCAUGGUCUAUGUGCCACAGAUGCAACAGCAGCAGCUUCAUCCAGAGAAUUAUCCAGUCUAUACUGAGCCGCCACCUCUAGUAGAUCAAACCAUUCCUCAGUUAUACAGUGAGGUGGAGAGACAAGAUGGCACACAGGCAGAAGUAUCAGCAAAUGGUACUUUUCCAAAUGCUGACCCUGCAUCUGUCCCUCAUGGAACAGUCUAUUAUCCAGUGAUGUCAGAUCCAUAUGGGCAGCCACCUUUGCCAGGUUUUGAUUCCUGCCUUCCUGUUGUGGCAGAUUAUCCCUGCGUUGCUCCCUGGCAUCCAGUUGGUGCAGCGUAUGGUGGUUCUCCGCAGAUUCAUGGUGCUAUGAGUCCUGGACCACUUGGCUAUAUUGCUACCCCUCCCUCAGCUUCUCAUUAUGUACCUCAGAAUAUGUAA